AUGAACUUUUACAAACUAGAGUCCUCCAAGUACAACGACCUAAUAGAAAAGAACAUCACGAAGUCCUACAAGAAAGCACAACCCGAGACCACACAAGCCAUCCAUAAACAAAACAAAGACAUCGCGACAAAAUUAGAAAUUGACGACAGAGUGGACACUGCAGCUAACAGAGACGAAUUCACAACACUUGAAGACCAUAAGCCAAACUUCACAAACAAACCGACCGGCAGUCUAAUCAGCCCUACGUCAUCCGAGAUAGGCAAAGUCAGCAAAGGCAUCCUCGACCGUAUUAACAGCGACAUCGCAAAAACAUCCAACUUCAACCAAUGGAAAAACACCCCAUCUACAUCGACAAGUGAUAUAAAAACAGCCACAACUGCAGCAAUAAUUGCCACUUGUAACAAUACUAAGGGAUCAUUCAAGUGCUCUUGUAAACCAGGAUUCACUGGUGACCGAAACAAUUGCACAGACAUCGACGAGUGCGCCGAAGAUAUCCACAAUUGUAGCAAGGACAACGCCACUUGUUCUAAUAGCAAGGGAUCGUUCAAUUGCUCCUUUAAUCCUGCUUUCAGAGGCGAUGGAUAUAACUGCACAGUUUAUAAGGACUGUGCUGAGGUGUACAAAAAUAGACAUCAUAUCGAUGAAAUUUAUACAAUUGACCCUGACGGUGAAGGUGCCUUUGAUGUUUUCUGUAACCAAAAAGGAAGCCAAGGGGGAUGGACGGUUUUCCAAAGGAAAAGUAGUGACUCCAUCGAUUUCAAUAGAGACUGGAUUGCCUACAAGAAUGGUUUUGGAAAUCUAUAUGGAGAUUUUUGGCUCGGGUUGGACAAAGUGCAUCGCCUGACGAAAAGUGACAAUUACAAACUUAAUCUUUAUUGGAAAAUGGAAAACUCUGAGGUUCAUCGUUUCCGCUUUGACCACUUCGAAGUCGAGAGCGAGGACACUUGGUAUAAACUGAGGGUGGAGGUGUCAGGAAACGAUUGGGGGCCAUUGAAAGAUUCCAAUGGGCAAACACUUACUACUGGAGAUCAAGAUAGCAAUGGCCAUACAGGGUAUACGUGUGUGAAGAAAUGUGGGAUAGGGUGGUGGUACAAUAGUACUGCAUGCCACUGCCCUCUAGGACAUCCGAGGUCAGCUGAAAAAAGUAAAAUUAUUAUCAGACCAACCAGUUUCACUACACCCCGCCCCUCAAGUGGGUAG